AUGCCGUCCCGCAAGUCGGACCCGGCGCAGCAGCCGCGCAGGAGCGACGCCGGCGCCCCCGAAGACGCGAGCACCGCCACCGCGGGCGAGCUGUCCGCGGCGGACAGGAAGGAGCAGCAGCAGCACAAGGAUGCCACCACCAUCGAAGACCUCGCGCUGCCCAAGUCCAUCGUCACCAGGCUCGCCAAGGGCGUGCUCCCGCCCAACACGCAGAUCCAGGCCAACGCCGUCCUGGCCCUGAGCAAGAGCGCCACCGUGUUCAUCAACUACCUCGCCUCGCACGCAAACGAGCACACGAUCAGCGCCGGCAAAAAGACCAUAGCGCCCGCCGACGUCUUCAAGGCCCUCGACGACACCGACUUUUCCUUCCUCAGGGACCCCCUCGAGGCGGAAUUCGCUAGGUUCACCCAGAUCCAGGCGGAGAAACGCACCAACUACCGCCAGAAAGCGCGCGCCAAGACCGACGACGCCGACAUGGCGGACGCGUCGCUCACCGACAGGACGGGCUCGGCGGAGGCCGCGGCGCCGCGGGCCAAGAAGCAGCGCGUCGAUGGCGCUGCCUCGGACUCGGCGGGGGAUGAUGAUGCCGAGACGGAGGACGAGGCUGACGAGGCUGACGACCAGGACGACCAGGACGACCAGGACGAAGACGAGGACGAGGCCGAGGCUGGGGCCCAUCAAGGCCACGACGAGGAAGACGAGGACGGGCAGCAGGGCAGCCAAGAUGAGGCGCAGGACGAGGAUGCCUUGGAGGAGAGGCACGCGGGAGACGACGGCGACGAGGCUUUGGACGACGACGACAGCGACUGA